CUCCAUGCGGCCCGUUCAAGCUUUAUUGGAGUCGGCACAAGAGAAUCCAUUCGCUUCCCCAGUUGACGGUCCUCCUUGGUCCCGAGUCAGCGUUCAGUAGUCUCUCAUUCCUUCGCACACUCAAAAACUCUUUGUCCUUCCUCUGGUUUCUCUCCACGACUGUGAUCUCUGCGACGGAUUCCUUGUAUCUGUUUCUACGAUUAACAAAUGGGAAAGCAGGUGAACCCCAUGGACGACUUGCCCAACCUCAAUCCUUCAUCAAUCGGCGCUUCAGUGAUUCCAAUAAUCAACAGGCUCCAAGACAUUCUUGCGCCGUUCGGCGGCGAACUCUCAAAGAUCGGUCUGCCGCAGGUGGCCGUUGUGGGCAGUCAGAGCAGCGGCAAGUCCAGCGUGCUCGAGGCGUUGGUGGGCCGCGACUUCCUUCCCCGAGGCUGCGACAUUUGCACUCGGAGGCCGCUGGUGUUAAUGUUGGAGAACAGCCCGAGGCGGUCGGAGAAUGAAGAAGGGCGGGAGUGGGGCGAGUUCCGGCACUUGCCUGGAAAGCGAUUCUACGAUUUUGCGAAAAUACGGAAAGAAAUUCAGGCUGAAACUGACAGAGAAGCUGGAUUUAAUAAGGGAGUUUCAGAUAAGCAGAUUUGCCUAAGGAUUUCUUCUCCAAAUGUUCUUAAUAUGAUCCUUGUGGAUCUUCCUGGGAUUACUAAGGUUCCUGUGGGUGAUCAACCUAGUGACAUUGAAACCAUGAUAAGGAAGAUGAUAAUGUUCUAUAUCAAACAAGAAAACUGUAUCAUAUUGGCAGUUAGUCCUGCAAAUUCUGACUUGGCUACCUCUGAUGCACUUUCAAUGGCCAAAGAGGCUGACCCAACUGGAUACCGGACGAUUGGUGUGAUCACCAAGCUAGACAUAAUGGACAGGGGCACUAAUGCUCGUAACUUUCUCCUUGGAAAAGUUGUUCCGCUGCACCUUGGUUAUGUUGGUGUUGUGAAUCGAAGUCAGGAGGAUAUCAAUAAGAACAGGAGCAUUCUGGAAGCACUUGCAUAUGAGGAGCUGUUUUUCCGUGAUAAUCCUGCAUAUCAUGGUCUCUCCAAUCGCUGUGGCAUUCCUCAGUUAGCAAAGAAAUUGAACCAGAUUUUGGAGCAGCACAUUAGAACUGUUCUCCCAGGUUUGAAAGCUGAGCUAAAUUCUCAUAUGGUUGCUAUUUUAAAGGAGCUGCAAACAUAUGGAGAAGCUAUGGAAUCAAAAGCAGAACAAGGGGUGGUUCUAUUGAACAUUCUGAUGAAAUAUUGUGAAGCUUUUUCUGCAAUGAUUGAUGGAAAAAGUCAGGAGAUGUCAACAAAAGAGUUGUCAGGAGGUUCCAGGAUCCACUACAUAUUUCAGUCAAUUUUUGUGAAGGGUUUGGAGGAGGUUGAUCCUUGUGAAGGACUCAGUGAUGAGAAUAUCCGAACAGCUAUUCAAAAUGCCACUGGUCCAAGAAGUGCUCUAUUUGUCCCAGAGGUGCCAUUUGAGGUUCUGGUUAGAAGACAGAUUGCUCGGUUCUUAGACCCCAGCAUUCAAUGCCUUCGAUUUGUCUAUGAUGAAUUAAUGAAGAUGAGUCGUGCUUGUGCAGUCAUAGAGAUGCAAAGAUUUCCAGUAUUACGAAGGCGUCUGGAUGAAGUAAUGGGAAAGUUUAUGCGUGAUGGUGUAAAACCUGCUGAGAGAAUGAUAAUAAAUAUCGUUGAGACGGAGAUGGAUUAUAUAAAUGCUUCUCAUCCAAGUUUUAUAGGAGGAAGCAAAGCCGUAGAGCUUGCCUUACAGAAGUUGAGAUCUCCACAGGAUGGUGUGGAUGUUGAAAAGGUAACUAUGUCAGAUAGGGGCCAGAUAUCACGAGCAGUUCUCACUAGGUUGGUUGUGAAUGGCAUUUUGCCUAACCAGGGAAAUCAUCCUCAGACAAACAAUGAGCGGCCUGUUCCGACUGCAGGCAAUUCAAGUACCAGGACCUGGGGUAUUUCAUCGAUAUUUGGGAGUCGGGGAUCAUCUGGGGAGAGUUCUGCUAGCAGAUCUCAUGGAGAAACAGUUCAUGAUUUAGAGCAGAUGCCUGAAAUAAUCCAAUUGAGGGAGCCCCCUUCUAUCAUAAGGCCAGUAGAAAUGCAAAUGGAGCAUGAAGCAGUGGAAGUAAUUGUAACAAAAUUGCUCUUGAGAUCUUACUAUGACAUUGUCAGAAAGAACAUCCAAGAUUUAGUUCCAAAAAUUAUAAUGCACUUUCUGGUUAAUCAUUCAAAAAGGGAGCUUCAUGGCACCUUCAUCCAAAAGCUGUACAGGGAAAAUCUUUUUGAAGAGAUGUUGCAAGAGCAGGAUGAGGUGGUAAGAAGAAGAAAAUGUAACCAAGAAAAGUUUCAUGUUUUGCAGCAGGCUGUUCAGAUGCUUGAUGAAAUUGAAUUGGACGUAUCAUCUCGGACUUCAAGCAUGGAUACUGAUACCUCGUCUGGAUUGUCAAGAGUUCCAGGGCUUUCAUCCAGUCCAUGCCCAAUAGCUAACAGUGAGAGCAAGUCAUCCCCCAUGACUUCAUUCUCGAACCCUAGAGCUCGCAAAUUGUUCUAUUCAGAAGAUCAGCCAUUCUCUGCUGACUCAAGUGGUGGGAGGUCAAUUGUAUGAAGCAUCGACACAAAAAAUAUUCCCCAAAUCAUAGUGGUACAGUGCUUGAUAUUUUAGGUCAUGUCAUUCCAAGGAAAAUAGUUUCAUGGAAAUUUUUUACCAUGAUCAUAUAUUCUUUUAUGCACGAGAAUAGCAGCCUUUUGCAUAUGAUGAGUAAAGGCUUUAUUUCUUGUUUUAAAAUGGCAGUGUAAUAGUCAGGUGUGUUUUUUGUUUUUUUGUUUUUUUUGUUUUGUUUUGUUUGUUUGUUUUUUUUUUUUUUCGGGGGGGUGGUGGUGGUGGUGGUGGUGUUUGGGUCUGAGAGAUGAGGAAGGCAGUGGUGCUAUGUAGACCAAUUUAAAAUUUAUAAUCAUUGGCAUGUAAAGCUCUUUGCCCUAUAA